UAGGGUUAGGCGAGGAGAGGGAAAGCUAUGGAGGGAGAAUGUAGCGCCGAAGCCUCUCCGCAAGGGAAUCCAUCGCUGCUGGGCCUCCCGUGCAGGGGCAACUUCACCUCCGUCGUGCCAUCCUCAAGCCUGGGUGGCCUUCGUGUCUAUGUCUGCGAUAGUGAUCCUCGACCAGGCGUCCAGGUUGUCAAGACGGACUCGACCAACAUUCUCAUCCGCUCCUUGAUGCUCAAGAAGCCCAAGGAGCAGGAGGCGCAGGACAAGGCCAAGCAAGCCGACGCCCCCAAGAAGAAAAGGGCUGCUGCUGACAAGCCCGAGAGUAGCAAGUCGAGCAAGAAGAAGAAGGUGGAUACAGCAUCCGGCAGCGCUUCAUACGAAGGCUACACUGUGGAGAUGCUCAGGACCGCUUUGAAAGAGAAAGGACUGCCAGUCAAGGGAAGGAAGAGUGAUCUGAUUACGCGGCUCAAGAAAGCUUCGUCAGGAUAGCAGCAAAACGAGUACUUAUCAUAGCACACAAAGCUCUAGUUGAUUUUGUUGCAUGUAAAGGUUGGUGAGAUCCUCUACAGGCAGGCCUAAGAAAAUUACGAUGCUUACUUAAUGCC